GACUUUACGAGUUUAAGGCUUUUGUGAACUGAAGUGAUUUUGACCGUAACGUUGGCUGAUAUAUACAUUUGUAGUUUUGGAAUCAGCGAAAACGAAAAUCAGCUGCUUUAGCGCGGAAACUCUGGCAGCACUUAUUAAAAAAAAGACCGGCAUCUCGGUUUCCAUUCCUCCAGUUUGAUAUUGUGUUCAUUUUGAUCCCUGGGAAGCUUUAGGUCGGCCAGAUUUCUUUCAGUUAUCCCAAAAAAAAAUUCCAAACUUAUUUGAGAUGGAUCCUCCUAAAGAAAAUACAAGCAUCCUAGAUAAAGCUGCAUUGUACGCGUUGUUUAAUUUUCUUCCAUUACCCAGAAACAAUGACCGUUACCCGCCGAUUCCAUUGCCAGCACCUCCUCCGCGAAAUGAGUCCCAGUCCGAGGAUUCAGCUCCAGAAGCUGGGGCUCACUUGAUAGAAACUGGGACAAUAGUCCAUGUUCUGGUGGUAAAAAGCAUUAUCUUCGAGGAUCAAUCUAUUCGCAAAGGCUUCGUUCGAAAGGUGUUUGGAAUCCUGCUGGCCCAACUACUUCUCACAUGUGCUGUAAUGGCUGCAUUUGUUUACCACGAGCCCACCAAGCAAUUUGUGCAAUCGAACUCUGUUGUCGUCUUUGUCGCCAUGAUCGUUAACAUUGUCGUCUUGGUAAUGAUCGUCUGCGUGGAGAGCGUGCGACGCAAGCAUCCCGUUAAUCUAAUUUUCCUGGCCAUCUUCACCUUCACCAUGUCCGUGCUCCUGGGAACAGCAUCGAGCGUAAUGGACUCCGACAUAGUACUCUUGGCCGUGGGAAUUACUGCGGUGCUGGUCAUCGCUCUUUCCGUGUACGCCGUGCAAACCAAAUACGAUUACACCGCCAAGGGCGGGAUGAUGAUAACUUUUGUGAUGAUCCUUCUCGUGCUGGCAGUAUGUCGAUUUUCGAUGCCCGAAUUCGUAGAUAGCUUGCCAAUUGCUGGCCUUUGCGCCGUAAUCACUUGUUUUUUCCUGAUCUACGACAUGCAGUCGAUAAUCGGCGGCAAUCGUGCGGAACAGUUGGAUCCCGAGGAAUAUGUGUUUGCAGCCUUGACUCUGUACCUCGAUGUGGUUCGCAUAUUUAUUUAUAUCCUUCGGAUUCUAAGGAAUUUUAAAUAGUGUGGCUAAACUCUGAUACAAUUUCUUUUAAACUUAAAUACCCCGGAAAGACAGAUAAUGCAUUUUGACCUUGCUUAGCCUUAACAGAAAUAACUAGCUUUAGC